AUGUAUGAUGGAUUGCAAGCCGUGGUCUCAUAUUAUGGUCCACCCUUCUCUUUCACCUCCACUGAGCUCACCCGAGCCCACCCCCAUGCGGUCCUCUUCCUCCCGGCUGACCUGCUGAAGCAGCACACACCGGCCUGUCUGUCAAACAAACCAACAGGACUCAAUUGGCUAGGACUGACGGGAGGCAGCCUCCUCACCACCACCAUGACCCUGGCGGCCUCCGAGAGGUCACUGCUCAUCAGAAACAAGUUCCGCUCAGUGCUGCAGUUGAGGAUCCAGAACCGAAGACAAAAUGAAAUCAAUGCAGAUCUGGGAAAAUCCACAAGUUUACAUCAAAAGACAGAGGACGAAAAGGGUGACGCUCAGCGUCUUUCUGAUGACUGUGUCCCUCAGAAGUUGCCCCCCAGUGGUGUGAACACUGAAACUGCAAAAGAGAGGAAUGUGUGUGUGACCCAGCGGCACAAGAAGGCGCGGCAGGCACAGGAGCUCGCUGAUAGAGUCCCACGUCUGCAUGGAACCAGCGAGCAGCAGCAGGAGCGACUGGUGCCCCAUGAGAACCGUACGUCUUGCUUCGCGCUGCCCUGUGAUGUCUUCGAAGACGACAUCUCCUCCUGCUCCUCUGCCUCGCCCACAGAGCUCGGCCCCCUCCCUCCGGGCGCUUUCUCCUCGUUACCGCUGCUCUCGGGUGAACAGUUACUAAGUGACUUCUCUGCCGUGGGCGCACAACUGCAGCCCGGCCCAGGUCACGCUCAGUCUGGCUUGGCGUUGCUCCCGGCAACCGAGGGCAUCCGACAUCCACCGAGCGUUACUGUGUGUGAGCCAGGCUCCAUGGCAACAAAUGUCCGACCAAACGGGCUUUACCUCCCGUCUGUGACCAUGCCCCUGCUGCCUAAGGCAGCGCGGCCCUCCAGUCCCACCUGCACCUCAGCUCUGCCCUCCCUCGAGAUGCCCCGUCCACGGAAGCAGCGAGACAACAAACCCAAAAUGAAGAAACUGAAAUAUCAUCAAUACAUUCCUCCAGACCAAAGAGGAGGUUCUGGAACAACAGGGACAGGAGCCAAACAGAAGAGCCCUCCCCCGACGCCGGCUUUAGACCCGGCCUAUUCGCACUUAGUCAAACAGCAGCAGGUUUUCCUCCAGCUGCAAAUUCUCCAAAACCAACAACAACAGCAGCAGCAGCAGCAGCAGCAGCAGCAGCAGCAGAUAACUGUGGUGCCCAGCGGAGAUGCCGGUGAUCACAUGAAGUCAUCUGGAGCCUUGCCCUUGAACCCACAGCCAGUCCCUGCCACAACAAACCACACCCCGGCAGAUCCUAAUCCAGUGGCAAAGCCUGAACUCCUGCCGGCAAACCUGGUGGACCUCACUGUGUCCGAGCUCCGGCAGCAGCUGCGGAAGCGCGGCCUCCCGGUGUCUGGCACCAAACCGGCUCUUCUGCAGCGGCUGCGGCCGUUCCAGCUGCCCCAGCCGUGUGUGGUCCCCGCCCCCCUCUGCCAGCUGGACCCACUGCCCACGUCGCUCACUCCAAACCAGAGCCCCAUCUCCAGCUCCAGCUCUGGAUCAGACUCUCCCAGCCACUGCCCAAGCAAACAUAUUUACAUCCAGAACCGGAAAAUUCCUGAUGGGAUUGUGCGUGAUGCUCCAAGCGGCAUCCUGAGCGAUAUCCCUAAUGCUUUUACAAAUGCCACUUCAGUCAGUCUGGCAGGUGAGCAGUGUGCCAUGUUCUUGGCUCCUGCAAGCACUGCCUCAGGGACCCCCAGUCCCAGCCUGCCUAUGUCAUCAUCAUCACCCCUACAGUGCGGGGCCCCCUGGAGGACUGAGAGUGAACAGCAACAGCAGCAGCGUGAGGAGCUCAGCGUGGAGCUGGAGAUGAGAGAACGCAUCAAGAGCCGGCCCAGAGACCAUUUUAAUAACUCAAGCGAGUUCUCACGAGGCGCUCUACAUCCUUUCCUGCAACAGGACUCGACAGGAUGUUCAAUAGACAAGUCCAAUAGUGAGGAAGAAUUGUUUACACAGCUGUAUUGUUGCCAGCCGUGUAACGUGAUUGGUCAGGAUUUCGAGCUGCCAGUGCAGAUCACAGCAAGUCCACUUCAGUUGUCACCUGCAGUUCGAAGUUUAGAGGAAGAGCUCCAGGAGGCCAUUCAGAAAGCACAGAUGGACCCUUUGCAGUCGAUAGAUGACAUUCUGGGUGAGCCAAUCAUCUACAUGGAGUCAGCUGCGGCAGUGUGUGAUAGUAAACCCUCCUCUGAAGCUGCCCUCAGCCCCUCUCCUCUUCCUCAGAGCGGCCAACACAGAGAUGAUAGCUUCCUCCCGUCUCCUCUGUGUUCGUCACUACUGUUAGAGAUGCCACCGUCUCCAGCUGUUGCACCUCCCAGUCAGGUGCUUCCUGCUCCUGCCCCUCCCCCUCUCUGCACCUCACCCCGGCCCUCCAACCGAAAGUCACGGAAACGGCGUGCCCUUGUGCCUUUUGAUGCAGCCGAAUGGCUCGAGACACUUACGUGCGGCCUGCGUCCACUGACUCCCCCCACUGCUCCGUUUGUGGAACCCGACUUCAGCCUGGACUCUGACCUGAAUGUCAAUAGAGUGCUGGAUCUCUUGAUCGAGCAGUGGUGA